GGCGCACUGUGAAGCUGCUUCCUGCCUGCGCCGAAUGGGGGAAUAACAACCCAGGAUGCAACUCGGUAUGGUGGGGGCUUGAGAAUUGCCUCUAUUGUGACAUCGAGGGCUAAGACUAGGACAGACCCUUAGCACCGGUACGACCCUCACCUUGCACGCGCGAACAGGGGCGACUUCUGACGAUCCCAAACCAAUCUGAUUUCCUGAAGACAAUUUCCAAAGUCGCACAGCAUGGAACGGCCAAUGACUAAGUACAAGUUUGGCACUCCCUACAUCCCAAGCUACAUGGACCUGAGUAAUGGGCCCGAGCCUUGUGUGGUGUGCGGGGACGCGGCGACUGGCUAUCACUACCGGUGCAUGACGUGCGAAGGCUGCAAGGGUUUCUUCCGAAGGACAGUGCAAAAGAAUCUGAGCUAUUACUGCAAAUGGAACGAAGAGUGUGUAAUCGACAAGACCACCAGGAACCAAUGUCAGCAGUGCCGGUAUAAGAAAUGCAUCAACGUUGGCAUGGCACCCGAUCUGGUUCUAAAUGAGAACCAGAGGAGAGCCAAGAGGCGACUGAUCCAAGAGAAUAGGGAGAAGCGAACACGGGAAGAGAUGCUGCGACAGAGUGGAUUGCUGCUGGCCAGCCGGCUAACUGAGGCCGAAGAGAAUCUCAUCAAAGCCAUACUGGUGGCGCACCAGGACACCACCUACCUGUUCAGGAGAAACUCCACCUCCUCGGAAGAGGACGGCCAGCCUGACACCAAGAGGGCCAAGGCAGAGGAUGACAAGAGUGCUUUACUUAACCUGGCCGAGAUCAUGACCCCCUCCAUUGUCAAGGUGGUAGAAUUCGCCAAGAGGGUACCAGGAUUCAAAGAGCUGGACCACGAAGACCAGGUCUUGCUCUUGAAGUCAUGCUGCAUGGAGAUCAUGUGCUUGAGGAUCGCUCAGAAGUAUGAUCCCGACACCCAGCUGCUGAUUCUGUCCAACGGCAUGCCUCUGGACAAGUCUGAGUUACAACAUGGCACGUUGGCCGACCUUGUAGAGCCCAUCUUCGACUUCGCCGUGGGUCUGGCCAGGCUGCAACUGACAGAAACCGAAAUGGCACUCUUGGCAGCUGUGCUACUUAUAGCUGGUGACCGGCCUGGACUUAAAGAUACUAAGUCGGUGGAAAUGCUUCAGGACACACUGCUGACAGCCUUCCAGCACUUCAUCAAUGAGACACGACCAAAGACGCCAGUGCACUGGGCAAAAAUUCUUAUGAAGAUCACCGACCUUCGGACUAUUAGCGCUCGUCAUGCCGAGAGACUACUGUGCGUCAAAUUGGACAAAACCCAGGAGAUACCUCAGAUAUUUCUGGAAAUGUUUGACGACUGUAACACUACACUGUAAACAAAUCCUCAGACAAAUAAGCUGGUGUUGAGUAUAUGAUCUUCAUACCGAGUAUUUAUUUGUCCUGAACGCAUAAAGCUCCCUCCUCCGUCUUACCUGAAUUCUAGGUAUCAGUAUGGUAGGGGUAACGAACAAAAGUGGAAAAAGUGGGAAACAAACACUAUUCUUCGAGCAUGUCGGGAAGUCAGUAAAAAUAAAGAACCUAGUUAGACAUGACUGUCAACCGAAUGUGGUGUACUUUAAUUGGCAGGCACAUCGUGGGUAUUAAAGCGCUCUUCAGUCCACUGUGGCCGCAAUUGGUCCAAUAAGGCGAAAAUCAUUGCGGAAAAUUCAUAGGUACAAAGUGCCGAGGUGUUGGCCUGUCUACGUAGUUAACCCUAUGCCAUCCCUCAAUUAAGUACUUUUUUCUCUGUGAGGUUGUGCUUUGCUCACGUAUUCAUGACUUAGGCCUACUUCGUCUCGACUGAAUUCAUCAACAGAGAUCAAGACUUAGUUUAAACGUUCUUGAGAACAGGAUGCAAAUAGCAACCAAUCCACAAUUAUGUGAACAAGGAAACCUGUUAACCAGCAGAAACAGGUUGAUGAUUACCUUUACGUCACGCAUUCUGUGUUACUGGCUCCGAGGUGAAUUCUUCCGCUUUAAUGAUCAAGCUUUCUCGAGGAUUUUCCACUAAUAGUAGCUUCAUGCAUUUGGUCCAACAACACGUAUAUGAAAAUCAAUACUCGAAUACCGAAAAAAAAUUCCCUUGAAUUAAUGUGUUUCGUGUCGUGUUCGUGGGCAAUCUGAUUUUGUAUCCCGUGCAUUUGUCCAUCUUCUGGGUUGUGCCUUGAAGACAGAACACGCUGUUGGUAGGAAAACCACGAAGUGACUGUGAGCUCCCUCCAUGCUUGAAAGUAUACCUGAAUCCUUAUGCCAGUACCUAAGAUACUCCUGUUCCCUGGAAAAUAUGAAAGGUGUGUGUAAUACUGCACCCUUUAAAUUUCUUGCCACGUGUAAAGGCCAAAGAGUUCCAAAGGAUAGUUGAUGUUUUUCUUGGGGUGAAACACUUUAAGUCAGUGCUUAUAUGUACAUGUAUAGUGGUUGGUUAACUGGCUGAGUCUUGUCAGCUGAUGGACUUCAAAUUCUGGAUGCUUAUGGGUGUAGUGGCAAGAGUAGAAUGGAACAUUUUACCGUAUGAAAAUACCCUUUCCAUACCACGAAUAUGAAACAUUCAUUAUUUGUAUUAUACAAUGCCUGAGAAAAAUUCUGGAAAGCACCUAUAUACUCCGACCUCUGGAUCUCUUGUUGAAUGGAACUCUCUAUAUUUGCCGUGGAAUAGAAGUUCUAUUUUGCGAUGUGGCUGUGCCGUGCGUUGGGAUGAACGAGUCAGUGGCACAUGGUCAACGACACACCAUCGCUCAUAAUGAAAUUGGUUUUUAUCCAGGCGUUGUAUGCUGGUACUUAAAGAGUGUUUCGUUUGUAAGAUUUUGAACUGUCGUCUUAGGACAAGUUCACUCUGUGAAGACGAGACGUAUCAUCGCCACACAUCAUCAGUCAAGAUUUAUUUAGAUUUGAAAUAUGAGGUAUAGUGUAGAAGUAUGGCUUUAUAAUUACCGCGGCACCAUUGUAAAUUCUUAUAAAUUAAGUAACAACUGCAGCUGUUUCCUUUUUUUGUAAUUAUCACUGUUAACGUUAUUCGUAAUUCAGGUUAUCGUUGCUUUUAAACUUUUAUUGCAAAGAGUAUGCUUGUGACAUGUCAAAAGAAACUGCGCAGGUUCAGUCACAUUUCAUCAUGAAGAACUCAUGUACAGUAUACUUGAAUAUGAAAAAAUAUAUAAAGAUUUAUUAAGAUAACAUUAAAGUUACUGUAUGUAUAUAGACUUUAUCUCCAGGUAAUAUCAACCCACCAUUUUGACUACCUCACUUUGAAAUUUAUGUACAUUUAACUGUAACAUCCCGAGACUUUGGGGAGAGAUUAUUCGUUGUUCAAAAUGUCAAUAACAUUUUGUAGCAUGUGGCACGAGAAGUUUAUUAUAUGCACUAAUAGAAGUCCAAACAAGGAAGACAAUUGCAAACAGAAAAGACGAUGUAAUACGGGUACAUGUGUAGCCUAUUGAAAUACAUCGGUGAAGGUGUGGCAUGUGCACUUGGGUGUUUUAAACAGAUUUAGGGAUUUCCAGACUGGGGCAUGCGGGUUGUAGCAAGAUGAUAUCAAUAGCUAGUCAUUGUUUGUACAUAAACCUUAAAGCCGUAGUUCCAAAAGAAAUCCAUGAAAAAUU